GGGAACCACCGCCGCCCCGCCGGGCCGCGCCGAGAGCAGCGGGGAGAGCAGCGGGCACCGGGAGCGGAGCCGCGGGACCCCUCUCCCCCUGCACAGCCCCCCCCCCCCCCCCCCGGGGGCCCGGCGCGGCCCGGCCAUGCUCGGCCUGGACGUGUGCGAGGCCGGCGGGCAGCUGCUGGAGCUGCUGUGGCUGACGUUGUGCUACCGAGACAUCAUGGCUGACAAGGAGGGGGUGAUGCUGUCGCUGGAGGAGGAGGAGGAAGAUGCCGACGUGGCCCUGGCGUACAAGACGCCGGAGAAGAAAAGCCUGAGGGAGAUCCAGGAGCUGGACCCGGGGGAUGAGAGCCUGCAGAAGUACAAGCAGACGCUGCUGGGCAACAUCCCCGUGGCCGUGGAUGCCAACGUGCCCAACGUGCAGGUGACAAAGCUGACCCUGAUGUGUGAGCAGGCGCCGGGGCCCAUCACCAUGGACCUGACAGGAGACCUGGAGGUGCUGCAGAGCCGUCCCUUCGUGCUGAAGGAGGGGGUGGACUACAGGGUGAAGGUGUCCUUCAAGGUGAACAGGGAGAUCGUCUGCGGGCUGAAGUGUCGGCACCUGACAUAUCGCUGUGGCCGGCCGGUGGACCGUGAUGUCUUCAUGGUGGGCAGCUACGCGCCGAGGGCUGAGGAGUACGAGGUGGUGACACCGGCCGAGGAGGUGCCGCGGGGUCGGCUGGCGCGUGGCUCCUACCGCGUGCGCUCGCUGGUCACUGACGACGACAAGACGGAGCACCUGGCCUGGGAGUGGGGGCUGUGCAUACGGAAGGGCUGGGAGGACUGAGACCCCCCCAGGUCCCACCAUUGCGGGGAUCCCCCCCCUGCCGCCCGGGGACCCCUUGCCGCCCGCGCCGCCCCACCGAUGGGAAGGUGGGGGGGUCCCUUAGCAAAGCGGGCGCCCGCGGUCGUGGUCUUGGCAACCAAAGUUAUUUUUAAUCGCCGUUUUUUUUUGAUACCGACGCCCGACUCGUCCUCGCGGCACCUCCAUCGCUGUGCACUGCAAUGAGCUGAGCCCAGCCGCGGGCUCCGCUCCUCCAUCGCCAUUAAACCCUACAGACGUGUCUCUUA